AUGCUCAGGACAAAUCAGACAGUACUCACAGAGUUUCUCCUCCAAGGAUUUCCAGGGUCUCCAGAGUUACAGAAGUAUCUGUUUGCUCCUGUUCUGUUUAUGUACAUCCUCACUAUUGUUGGCAAUAUGCUUAUCAUUUUCAUCAUUAUCCGUGAUCACCGCCUCCAUAAUCCCAUGUACUUCUUCCUGGGCAACUUCUCCUUCCUGGAGAUCUGGUAUGUGACCACCUUGUCACCCAAGAUAUUGGCCAACUUUCUGGUCAAGAGAAGGGCCAUCUGUUUCGGCUGUUGCAUCACUCAAGCUUUUUUCCACUUCUUACUGGGAGCCACAGAAUUCUUCCUGCUAGCUGCUAUGUCUUUGGAUCGCUACACAGCCAUCUGCAACCCUUUGCAUUACAACGUCAUUAUGAGCCGUAGGCUUUGCUUCCAGUUGGCGGUGGGAUCGUGGCUGGGUGGGUUCUUUACAGUCAUUGUUCAGACCAUCAUGCUCUGCCAACUCCCAUUCUGUGGUCCCAACCUGAUCAACCACUUCUACUGCGAUGUGACACCCCUGCUGAGUUUGGCUUGUGCUGACACGCGCCUCCUGGAACAGAUUGUGUUGGUGGGAUCCGCCCUGCUUCUGUUCACUUCUUUUUCAUUCACUGCAAUAUCGUACCUCUUUAUCAUAUCUACCAUACUGCAAAUCCCUUCCUCUUCAGGACGACAGAAGGCUUUCUCAACCUGUGCCGCCCACCUUACGGUCGUAUCCAUACAGUAUGGGACUGUGAUGUUUAUGUAUGUGAAGCCCAAGGCCAACUCCUCCCUUGAAGUAAACAAGGUGGUUGCUGUGUUGAAUACUGUUAUUACUCCUCUCCUCAAUCCUUUUAUCUACACACUGAGGAAUAAAGAUGUCAAAGAAGCUUUGAAGAAGGCGGUAGAUAUUAAAAUAAUCACAGUGGUUAUGAGAAAAAAGGUCUUCCAAUUGUAA